CCUUUACUACAGACACGAAUAAUUAUAGUUCCCAGUGAUUUGAAGUCGUCAUUUCCAUUACAGUUGUUGUAAUCGCUGGAUUCAUAUGUGGGGACCGUUCACUCGUAUACAUAAAGCGGCGGCCUGAUCUGACCCCACCGCCCGAUCCCAUUUCAGGGCAGGUGUCAAUAACUUUGGCCAUUAAACGACCUGGCGGCGGCGACGACCACAACGACGCCACAUCGCUCAACUUAUCUUAUAACACCACAACUUCCCAUCUCUCCCGGGCAAGAUGAGCGCCUUAGCCUCCAAGUCUCAAUCGCUCAAGAUUUUUGAGAAAUUGAAGACCAAGCAAGCGAACAGGAUAUGCUUCGACUGCGGCCAGAAUAACCCGACGUGGACUUCAGUCCCGUUGGGCAUCUAUCUCUGCCUCGACUGCUCAUCCAACCAUCGUAACCUCGGUGUUCACAUCUCGUUCGUGCGAUCCACGAACCUUGACCAAUGGCAAUGGGACCAACUCCGAAUCAUGAAAGUGGGCGGAAAUGAGUCGGCAACGAAAUUCUUCCAGACCAACGGCGGAACCGCCGCGCUCAACAGCAAGGAUCCCAAGACCAAGUACACCUCCAACGCCGCCACCAAAUACAAGGAGGAGCUCAAGAAGAGGGCCGCAAAGGAUGCUAUAGAAUACCCCACGGAAGUCGUAAUCACCGACGUCAUGGGCAAUGGCCCAUCCGACGGCUCCUCCACCCCCGCCGGCGAACCCGACGACGACUUCUUUUCCUCCUGGGACAAGCCCGCCAUCAAGCGCCCCACCCCACCCACCUCCCGCACCGCCACCCCCCCCGUAGUAGGCCGCACUCCCUCCCCCUUCCUAACCGCCGACGGCGCUCCGCCCGCGCGCUCGCCCUCUCCGCUCGCUGGCUCCGACGCCCCCGCCCCCGCCAGCCGCGCCGUGCACUCCUCCGCGCUGCGCAAGUCCUCUGCUGCCAGCGGCGCCCCGCGCAGGGCGAAUGUGCUCGGUGGCAAGAAGCCGACGAAGUUGGGCGCGAAGAAGUUGGGUGGUGGCGAUGUGAUUGAUUUUGAUGCUGCGGAGAGGAAGGCGAAGGAGGAGGCGGAGAGGAUUGAGAAGUUGGGAUAUGAUCCUGAGGCGGAGGAUGCGGCGAAGAAGACGGCCGCGAAGACGGAGUCGAAGGUUGCGAGCCCGUCGCCUGUUAGCCCUGGGCGUGGCACAUAUGGAAACCCGACGCCGAGGGAUCGUUCGGGAAGUGAUGCUGAGAAGUUGGGUAUGGGAAUGGCGCGUCUUGGGUUUGGACAGAUUGGCGGCGGCCCGAAACCUGCUGGAGGUGCUAAGAAGAUGGGCGGUUUCGGCUCGGUUGGUCCUAUCAAGGCCAAGGAAGAAGAUGACAGCGAGCGCUACGCCCGCCAAAAGUUCGGCGCCCAGAAGGGCAUCUCCUCCGACGAAUUCUUCGGCAAAGGCACCUUCGACCCCGCCGCACAGACCGAGGCCAAGUCGCGGCUCCAAGGCUUCGAGGGCGCCAGCUCCAUCUCCUCGAACGCUUAUUUCGGGCGUGAGGAGGAUGAUGGGGGAGAGGAGGAUUAUGGUGAUCUUGAGAGCGCGGCGAAGGACUUUGUGAGGAAGUUUGGGGUUACGGCGGGAGAUGAUCUGGAGAACUUGACGCAGGUGCUUGGGGAGGGGGCGACGAAGUUGGGAGGGGCGGUUAGGGCGUAUUUGAAUAGUUAG